AUGGAUGCCGCCGCUGAUUUCGCUGAAGCGCCCACCCGGGCACCAGUCCCGGUGGCCAAAUGUGAGGCAGUCCAGACAGCUGUGAGAUUUCUGUCGGCUUUGAGAUUCAGCAUCGACGUCAGCUUCGAGGAGUUCUUGGGGAAAGGCCUUUGUCCAGGUUGCUCCAAGUGGGUGCGGCUCUACUGCUCCCAGUGUGUGCGAAGCGUCGUUCCGCUUCCGGAGCCCCUCCACCUGGGCUUGCGAGUGCUGAUUCUGCGGCACCCCAAGGAGCCGCCCGGCAAGUCGUCGGCGACGCCACUCCCGCUCCUCUCCGAGGAUGUGCGCGUGGUGGAGUGGAGGCCGGGCCUGGACCUCGAGAACCUCGAGCUUUCGAAACCCGGGACCUGGCUGGUCUACCCCAGCGAGGAGGCCGUGGACGCCCAGAGCGUGCCAUGGGAGGACGUGCAGCGUCUGGUCUUGGUAGACAGCCGCUGGAAGCAUGCCAGGGCCGUCUUGGAAGACGCGGAGCUGAAUCUUCGCGGUCUCCCCGCCAUGAAGCUGGGCGCGGAAUCCUCGAGGCACUCAUGCUUCUGGCGCUCCGCCACUGAGAAGCUGGCGGACGUGCAGGGGCUUCUCUCGACCGCCGAAUGCCUCCACUGCUUGCUGAGAGCGCGGGAGCCACGAGACCAAGACGGGCCACAGAGACUGGACGAUCUGCUUUUCUUCUUCGCAAUGCGGCUGCGACUUGUGAUCCAAGAGUAUUCAGACGAUCCAGGCCGUUGUUGUCCUUGGUGCACGGAGGCUGAGCGGCGCAAGCGCGUGCACCAGGGUAAUGUGCGGAAACUUGAAAAGUGA